AGAGGCGAGUAGGAGAGGGGAGGAGGAGAGGCGAGGAGGAGAGUGCAGCGUUUACCUCCUCUUCCUUCAACCCUCUGCCCCACCACGCUCUCCCCCCUCAUCACCCCACUCUCCCACCAUCACACCCCUCUUCUCACCUCGAGGAUAGCAGCAGCAGCAGCAGCAGCAGCGGCAGCUCCCUGGUGCUGCCUGCGCCGCACUCGGGCCCCUUUAUGGAGGGCCCGGAGUGCGAGACGCCCACUUUCAGGGGCAGGGGGGUGCCACCAAACGAUAGAGGGGUAGGGGCAGCGGCUCCUGCUGCUAGUGCUGCUGCUAGCACUGCUGCUGGGGCUGCCACCUCCUCCUACACUUUCUCCACUCUGUUGCUGUUAAAGAUUCAAUAUAUCUUCACCUGUUUAUGUUAAUUAUCAAUAAUUUCAGAAACCACCAACGUUCCAUACUCUAUCCACAACAGCAUGGCUAUCACCAGCAGAGGAACACGGCACUACCAAUAGCUGCAAGAGUGGGAGCAGAGGUGGUGCUGAGAGCACGAGUGGGAGGAGCGUUUCAAGUGAGCAGCAGGAGAUGGUGAUCGAUCUCUAGUUUGGCUCUGCUUCUUCCCCCGCCCGAAACCCUCCAUACAUGUUCCACUGCCUAAAAAAGAAAUGCAACAUCAUCCCUAUCAUUAAAUGGCGGUGGCUGCAAUUGCAGCAAUAGCGCCUACCUCUGCACUCCAGCUGACGCUGGGUUUGUGGCAGACCCAACCAGCCCCUGCUGCUGCUGCUGCUGCAGCUGGUGGUAUCCCUUUCACCUCCUCCCACCCUCAACGCUGCUGCCCCUGAUGGUACUCAUGCUAUUUGUACUCCUCCCCUGCCUCCUGCUUUCUGACCCAUCCCUGCAGCAGCAGCAGCAUCAGCUGCUGCAAUAGAGCCAGCCGCAGCGGCGACAGCAACAGCAGUUGCCAAGCCACCAGCAGCACCAGACACUGUGACCUCCAGCAGCCCACCCUCCCCUGAAUCUCCCCUCCCUGAACCCAACAUCCCCACCUCUCCCACCUCCCCCCCCUGCAAUCCCCACACCAGUAAACCCUCCCCCAGGUGCCAUUCGAGUCGCCCUGGCCCUCCCCUUCCGACUCACAGGCCUUGACCAAUGCGGAGAAGGCUCCAGAUCCCUCCAUAUGCCCGCCGAUGAUGGGGAGGGGGUGGAAAGAGGAGCAUA